AUGACCGCUCCAGCUGCGCGUCCCGCAGGCACCGUGGUCAUCCACGAGAUCCCCCCUGAUGUCCCACGCGACGAGUUUGUUGCGCGCUGGAUGGCGAUGGCCGAGAGGCUGACUCGGCACCCGCUAUUUCGGGAGACGUUACAGGUGGUUCCGAACGACGAGCUUGACGUGGAGCUGCGUAAUUUGGGUCUGCCGCAGCGCAAAGUCGUGCUGGCGUUGAUGAAAUAUUCUACAACAGCUAAAAUUAACGCUUGGCGCACGGACCCAGAGAUCCUACGCAUCCUCGACGAGAGUGAGGCCGAGUUCGGUCUCUGGCGGACCUUCCGCUCGUUCGACGCGGAGAUCACCGUCUACCGGGACUCUGGCGUGGACAGCACGGCGCACAACCUGAAGCGAACUCUCGCUGUCCUCUGCCCCUUGGGCGACGAAGAUGCAGAGGCCGUAGUGGCUACGGCACUCGCACAGGGCGUUGCAGCGCAGUCCCUUGGGUUCCAGGACCUCGAGGGACCCCGUGCACUUCUGGCGGGCAACUCUACGUGGGUCUCUACCACGGAUUGGGCGUCCGGGCCGGGCAACGACAAGUUGAUGCGUGGAGCCGUAUUGGCGGUCGGCGAGGCGGUGGCGUGGGAUUCGUAUCGCAAGAUGCUCGCAAACGCCGACACGUUCAACUUUGCGGCCCGGGCGGUCCGGGAGUUCAACUUUGAUCCCGUGACGUCGUUUGCGGCGUCGGUGGAUGCGGUCCAGUGGAUUUGACAACCACGUACUCACGGCAUACAAUGAUAUAUGCUUAUUUUCUGGACUGCACAUGAAGUAAUACCAUCAUACGGCGCCUGCAUGACGAGUGGGUGGCCAUAUCCGAUAUAGAUGUCGAUAUUAAGCUCGAAAAUGGCUCGAUACACAGCUGUGCUGCGAUGCGUGAAUAUAUG